UUAUUAGUAAUGCCUUGCGACCAUCCGUACGUCAUUAUUGUGCGUCUUGACUCUUUACACGAUAAACAUUCGUUUUGUCCACAUACUAGUGUUAGCAGCUGUUAAGCUAACGUGAGGCAUGGCACCUUUAAAACAAAAUGCAAAAAGUAAAGGUCCAAUUAGAGGAAAAUGUUUUAAUAACAAAUUCGCACAUGGUGGUUUAUCACACCACGCCAAAAGGAAAAGAAAAUGGGUUCCGGAGAACAAAGUUUUUGAUGGUAGUUUAAAAGAGGGUCAGGGGUUUGCUUUGAAAAGGAAGGAGAAAAUAAAACAUGAAUACAACAAACUUCUUCGAAUAGAGAGGAAAAAAAUGCAACCAUCAAAAAUCCAGUUAGAGGAGGAAUAUCCCGAGCAUCUGAGACAUCUAUACCUGGCGGAAAGAGAACGACUAGAUGAAGAAGAACAAGAAAAAAAGAAGAAAAGAUCUAAAGGGAGAGGAGUAGAUGAAGAAACAGAGGCAGACGAUGAACUAAAAACAGUGCUGGAUUCUCCUUUCACUGAGAAACACAUCUCAAACACGACGACUGACAAUACUACUGCCUCUGAUUCAGCUAAUGAACCAGCAGAGUCAGACAGCUCCCACAAGACUCCAUUCAUCCAAAGAAAGCAGAAGCAGAAAAUGUCAUCGUAUAAGAAGACAAAGCAAGAAUAUGAAAGGAUAAAGGAGGAACGUGCACGAAAAAGUGAGGAAUUCUUGAAAGACAAAGCUCAGCGAGAGGAGGCUCUGAAGAAAUACAAGGAGAAGAAAACGGCAACAUAUCAGUUGUUGAAAAGAAAAACCAAAAAGGGUCAGCCCAACCUUAACCUGCAUAUGGAGCUAUUGCUGCAAAAGAUUCAAGCUCAACGCAAAUAAUUCAGUAUCAUCCAUAAAAUUAGACUGUAAAGUUAAAAUGGACCAUUACACAAACUGUGCAGUUUGGGUGAGGUGUUUUUGUUUGUUUUUGUUAACUCAAGGAUGUGUAUACCUUUGUCUUUCCCUGUAAUAUUUCUAGUAAAUAAAAUAUUACAUUAUACUCUUCUUUAAGUUAAUUCAAGCUAACAGUAAUGAACUGAUGCUAUGACAGUAAGCUUAUGGAAAAACAUGAAGCUUUAUAAUAUAUAUUAUGUGGUAAAUCUAUUUUUAUCAUUAUAUUUAGGUAAAUAAUGCUGUCAGCAGCCUAAAAGUACAUACUUAAACAUUUAUAGCAUAACUUUCUUCUUUUCUCUAACCGCUCAUUUAAAAGUAAUUUUGUGACAUGAUGUUGGAAUGAUAUCUUUUGUUUAUUAGGUGAAAAGCAUUGAUAUCAAAAUAGAAAUAAAAGAACAAAUGCUAAAAUACAAAUUUGUUGAUACUGAAUUUUGCAAAGCAUGUAACUUUUCAUACAAAAAUAUUUAAAAUAACAUAAAAACAUAAGGCAUUGAUGCAUUAGUAGCAAUAUGAGAAGCUCCCAGGAGCUCCAGUAACUAAUAUGAUUUCAUGAACAGAGGCAGAGAGUGUAGCCAUUGAGUCAUAUGACCCCUCCCUCUUUAUUUGACUCCUCCUCCACAUCGUCAUAGUCUGUUUUU